GCGUGAUAACCGCGCGUCUCAGGGCUGUCCUCGCGAGUGCCACCUGGUAUCAGUUGGUGGCAGUUAAAAUAAGCGGCUGCUGCUCGGUGGUUUUUGUACGACGGCGCGCGAAUGGAUGUCGAGUUCUGGAAUCAGUAAAGUGAAUGUACUUCAUAUUAGUGUUCGUGAAUACGAAAUAAUUAUGAGGUGUGCGUUAGUCGUGUUGGAUUUUUAUUAUUUUACGAGUGUGCACUGAAUGGGGGCCGGACGAGUGUCAAACGAUUCACGUGCGUCUGACUUUGCUCGCGAUGCAGCCCAUGUUAAAAGUUAUUCAGUGCCUGCAAAUUAUAUACUUGUACGGUAUCACGAAGUCAGGAUGGCAGGCAAUAAAGCCCAAAUUAACGCUGUACAGACCAAGCCUGUUGAGGUCUCUCAGCAGCUACAGGAUGGAGAGAAGUUUAUUAAAUGGGAUGAGGAUUCUGGAGUUGCAACGCCAGUAACAUUGAAAGUAGAUAAAUUUGGUUUUUAUCUGCAUUGGGUAGAUCAAAAUAAUGAGAUGGACAUCUUGGACAUAGCUACAAUACGAGAUACGCGCACAGGAAAAUAUGCCAAAAUACCAAAGGAUCCAAAACUAAAAUCUCUUGUAACUAUGGGAUCUCAAGACUCUUUAGAAGACAAAACUGUAACAAUUUGCUAUGGAUCUGACUUUGUUAAUAUGACAUUUAUUAAUUUUUGCACAACGCGUGCUGAAAUUGCACAACAUUGGACCGAUCAACUUCUGCAGUUAGCAUACAAUUUAACACAGCUCAAUACAAGUACAACUAUGUUCUUGCAGAAGGCACACACAAGAUUAAUACUCACAAUUGAUAAAUCAGGCAAAAUACCAGUAAAGAAUAUAAUCAGAAUGUUUACGCAAAAUAAGGAAGAUCGUAAACGCGUAGAAAAAGCACUUGAUAUAUCAGGUCUGCCAUCUGGAAAAAAUGAUGCUGUACCUCUUCAAAAAUUCCAAUUUGAAGAUUUUUUUAAUUUUUAUAAAUCUCUUACACAGAGAUCAGAUGUAGAAAAAGUAUUUGAAGGAAUUGUGGGCAAUACAAAACGUAGAUUAAUGUCGGUUAAACAGUUUGUAGAGUUUUUAAAUAAAACGCAAAGGGAUCCGCGAUUAAAUGAAAUACUUUAUCCAUAUGCAAAUGAAGCAAGAGCAAAAGACAUAAUAAUACAAUAUGAACCAAAUAAAUAUAAUGCCAAUCGAGGACAGUUAAGUUUUGAUGGAUUUCUAAGAUAUUUAAUGAGUGAGGAUAAUCCAAUUGUUGCUGUGACCAAAUUUGAACUUUCUGAUGAUAUGGAUCAACCACUUGCUCAUUAUUUUAUAAAUUCUAGUCAUAAUACUUAUUUAACAGGUCAUCAGCUUACAGGAAAAAGUUCAGUAGAAAUUUAUCGUCAAUGUUUACUUGCUGGCUGUCGCUGCGUUGAACUAGACUUUUGGAAUGGAAAGUUUGAUGAACCAGUUAUUGUUCAUGGGUAUACAUUUGUACCUGAAAUUCACGCACGAGAUGUCAUAGAGGCAAUUGCUGAGAGUGCCUUUAAAACAUCGGAAUUUCCCGUAAUACUUAGUUUUGAAAAUCACUGUAAUCCACGGCAGCAAGCUAAAAUAGCGCAAUAUUGUAGAGAAUUAUUUGGUGAAAUGUUAUUAGAUGCACCUCUCGAUUCUCAUAAACUGGAACCCGGACAAGAAUUACCUCCUCCAGCUUUACUUAAACGUAAAAUUAUAAUAAAAAAUAAGAAGAAACAUCAUCAUCACCACCAUAAGAAGCAUCAUAAAAAGCCAUAUGCAUUACCAUUGGAUGGUGAAGAAACUCCUCAAGAAACCGAUGAGAAUGGCAUAGUAAAUUUAGCGGCUGAAGGGGAAAAUGGUCCACCGCCGGAUAUAAUACCCGAAAAUGAAGUAGUCGAUGGGGUUGUUAAUAAUGGCGAACAACAAAUUAGAAAUGGAGAUGUAUCUCAUGCACCGAUGCUUCAGCAGAGACAGAAUAGUAGAGAUAGUACGCAAGAAGACGAUGAUGAUGAAGACGAAUCAAGUACAGAGGAAGAUGAAUCUAAUGUAGAAGACAUUAAAUUCAGGAUGAGUGAUAAAGUUGCUGCACCCGAUAAAGUAGCAACUGCAGCGAAAGAAACAGAAGCAGGCGCGGAAAUUUCAGCAUUAGUCAAUUACGUGCAACCUGUUCAUUUUAAUAGUUUUGAAUCGGCUGAAAAAAAAAAUCGAAUGUAUGAAAUGUCAUCGUUUGAUGAAAAACAGGCCACGACACUUUUAAAGGAAAGACCAUUGGAAUUUGUUAAUUAUAAUAAACAUCAAUUGUCGAGAGUUUAUCCAGCCGGAACACGAUUUGAUUCGAGUAACUUUAUGCCUCAGGUAUUUUGGAACGCAGGUUGCCAAUUAGUUGCCCUAAAUUAUCAAACACUUGAUCUGGCGAUGCAACUGAAUUUGGGAAUUUUUGAAUAUAAUCAACGUUCUGGUUAUAUAUUAAAGCCAGAAUUUAUGAGACGGAAGGAUCGUCGAUUGGAUCCUUUUGCGGAAUCAACGGUCGAUGGUAUCAUAGCAGGGACAGUACAUAUUCAUGUGAUAUCAGCUCAAUUUCUGACUGAUAAAAGAGUAGGCACGUAUGUUGAGGUGGAUAUGUUCGGUCUUCCAGCGGACACAGUGAGAAAAAAAUUUCGUACGAAAAUUGUUCCUAAUAAUGGAAUCAAUCCUGUUUACGACGAGGAACCAUUUGUAUUUAAAAAGGUAGUAUUACCAGAAUUAGCUUCCAUCAGAAUAGCUGCAUAUGAAGAAUCUGGUCGAUUGAUUGGUCAUAGAGUAUUACCUGUAGUGGGAUUGUGUCCAGGAUAUCGACACGUUGCGCUUAGAACAGAAUGUGGUCAACCGUUACCAUUAGCGAGUCUAUUUUUACAUGUGAUUGUCAAAGAUUACGUACCAGACGGCCUUAGUGAAUUAGCUGAAGCUUUGGCUAAUCCGAUAAAAUAUCAAAGCGAAGUGGAAAAGAGAGAGAAGCAAUUAAUGGUUCUUACUGAUUGUUUAGACGAACCUUCUGAAGAAAUUGAGGAAAAAGAUAAAGUUGGCGAAGCACCAACUGUUUCUAAAUCUACCGAAGAGACUGUUAAGACAAAACGAGUGCAAUCAGUAGGUGAAUUACCAGGUCUUCAACCAGCAACAAGCAGUACACAUGGUAGACCAUCGAUUAUUGGUAUAAAUACUUCUGAAACACCAGAAGUUGAAGAUAAUGCACCAUCUCCUGUAGUCCAGUUCGUUGAUGCAUCUGCAAAUAAAAGUCCGGUCAAUGCUAGUAGUACGAGCGAAGAGAUAGUUGCUGAAUCUUUGGAAAAACUUAUGGAAAAUAAACUCGUAAAGGAGAAGAAGUCAGAGCUUGAGAAAAAGUUGGAAUCUUUAAGAAAAAAACAUGAGAAGGAAAAAAUACGAAUACAAUCCCAAAAGGGUUCUCUCGAUGGAGAAAAGCAUAAGUCCAAGUUUUGCAUGAGUCAUAAAUUGGUGAAACGAUUAUCAAGUAGAAACAUCUUCUCAAGUGACGUUGGUUUAAGUACUAUAACUCUGGCAGAAACUUCCGAAUGUUCUGACAUGGAAAAUCGUGAAGGCGUUGAAGGUCUAUCAAGAGGCUUACCUAGAAGUCAAAGUGAACGAUUAUUGGCUGUAUGUAAAGCACACAUACAACAGGAACGUGAAUUACAAGAGAAAUAUCAUGAAAGCGUAUUUGCCACAAUAGAGAAGGUGAUGCGUACGUCGCAAUCGAAUCAAUUGAAAACAUUAAGAGUUCUACAGGAAAGGGAAACAGCUGAUGUUAUGCGUAAACUUCAAGCCAGUAGACACGGCGAGGUCAAGCAGUUAGCUAAGGUACAUAAGGACAAGGCCGAAUUAGAUCGGAUGAAGAGAGAAGUCGCUAAGUCGACAGUGGAAAAAGGUGUUAACGAAUGUACUAGAUUGAAAAAAAUUUAUGAGAAAAAGAAGGCAGAGUUGGAAAGGCAACACGAAGAGGUCCGACAGAGGUUGGAGGAGGAAAAAGCUAAUGUAAAAGCCACUCUGCAGGCAGAGUAUAAUAGUCGUUGUAGUAAAUAUGAAAGUGGAGAGUUACCAUUAUCACCCUCAGGUGGUACAAGUAUGCCUGAAUCACUCAGUGAGAAUACGUAUUAAUUAAUGAAACGAGAUGAUAUUCUAUACAUUACAUUGUCUCAGUGAAAAUUUGGACAAUAUACCAAAUGAAAAUACUGACGAUGUUGAUACAUUGAAUAGCUCUUGAUGAAACUCUAUCCGACGAUGGCAGGAUAGAAUAGUGGAUUUGUUAAACGGCAGAUAUACUUUCUGAAAAGUAAAGAAAAAAAAGAAAAGAAAAGAAAAGAAAAAAACAAAAAAGGGAGAAAGAGAGAGAAAGAGAAAGAGAAUAUGAUCUUAGGCAGCUCGUCAAUUGUAAAAAUUUCGAUGAGCAAGGUCUCAAUACUACAUACAUCGUGUGUACAUAAAAUGAGAUUUUAAUGUCUAACGUCUCGAUUUUAAAAUUCGAACGACGUAUAAGAUAAUUUUAUAUCUUCUUAGAUAAAUUUAUCUCUUACGUUAGUACCAUAAAUAUAUAUAUAUAUAUAUACGCACACAUACACACACACAUAUAUAUAUAUAUAUAUAUAUGUAUAUAUAGAGUAUCCAAAUGAAUUGUCCAACGGGAUUGAAAUCUAAUGAUUUAAAAAAAAAGAAAAGGAAAAAACGCUGAGAUAGGUUAAUUUUGUUUUUAUCGAGAACUGAUUAACUCAAAAUUAGAAAAGAGAGAAAAAAAAAGAAAAUAUAGCACCAUCGUAAAGAGAAUUAAAAUAUCUUUCAAAUGACACCAUUUGACCUCCGUUAUCACUUAAGAAUUUUAAGGAGGUUAGCUCGAAAUGAAUGAAUAUACGAUAAGAAUCUGCUCCUAUCAAUAAUAAAAUUGACCUGUCCUGAUAUUUUUCGAAAAAAUCGCUUAGAUUAUAUAAUAAUCCUGAUGGCCACUUUCCAUUGAAAUACUUUGGAUAUAUAUAUGAGUGUAUAUAUAUAUAUAUGUAUGUAUGUAUAUAUGUACGUAUGUAUGUAUGUAUAUACACACGUAUAUAUACGUACUAUUAAUCGAAUGAAUAAACGCAAUUGAAACUGAAUUUGAGUUUGGAUCGAUCGAGGUUUACCUAGCAUACGAGCAUGCUGCCUUUCGAUCUUUUCAUUAUCGAAAAACAUUUCAUCGAUUCUUUAAACAGAAAAGAAAUAAAUUAUGUGAGAAGUUUUCAAACAACCGAGUUAAAUCUGCCGUUGUUUAUACAGUAUUAAAGAGCUACUACUCAUUGAAAACUAAUGGAACAUUGAUUUCCGUUCUCAUUGUUAUUAAGUAUGAGGAAAGCGUGGAAAAAGAAAACAUAUAUAUAUGUAUAUAUAUAUAUAUAUAUAUAUAUAUGUAUGUAUGUAUUUAAAGAAAUAGAAAGAAGGAGAGAAAGAGAGAGAAAGAGGAGAGAAGAAGAGAGUAUAUAUAAUUCUAAAUAAGAGAGUAAAUCUUCCUAAGUGCUAACACUUAUUCUUGUUGUUAUAUGCAUAAGGCGUUAUUUAAUUAAACCAGACUACUUCUGAAUCGCGUUCCAAAAUGUUGUCUAUUACAAUGAUCUAUAAUCAAAAUGAUUUGAUCAUAUUCGUCAGACAUCGGCAGAUCACAGUCAAGAACGAAUUCUCUUAGGCCUGAGAGAGAAUCGUUGAGACAUAGCGAAGAUCUGAAAGAGCGCUUACGUGAUCUGAUAUGUAUGUGUAUAUAUAUAUAUAUAUAUAUAUAUAUAUAUAUAUGUACACAUGUGUAUAUAUAUAUGUAUAUUUUGACUGAAAGUACUCCAUAUUAAAGACAUUUUUAAAAAUGAAAUCUGGUAUAUAUCCUGGAAUAUAUCGGAAAAAAUUAUUAUUUUCCAUUUGGAUCUUACGCUCUCGAUAAUAAAUUUUUUUUAGAAUGUAAUACGUAUGUUUUCACAUACAAGAGUAAAUUUAUAUAAUAUAUAUAUAUAUAUAUAUAUAAAUAUGUAUAAAUAUAUAUAUAUAUAUAUCUGACAAAUUAAUCAUGUAUUUUUUACAUUCGUUUGUCAGUUUUUAUUUGAUAGCAAAUCGCGAAGAACAUCGCUGUGAUCUCUUACGAAAGGGUUCUUAGAUAAUUCGUACAUUUUCGUGAAAGUUUUGUUUGGACGCGAAAGAGUUUAAAAAGAAAAAAGGAAAGAACAUUAAAGUAAAAAAAGGAGAAGAAGAAGAAGAAGCAAAAGAAGAAAACAGAAAGAAGAGAAGAAAAAAAAAGAAUAAGAAAACGAAGAAUAAUACGAGAAAAAAUAGAUAAUCUCAGAUUUUCUGUGUAUCACGUGCAUAUAUACAAAUACUUCUUGUUUUACAAAUUUGAUUAUUAAGAUUAUCAAUGGUAAAAAUUGGAAUUUUUAGGAACAGAAGAUAUAUAUAUAUAUAUCUUCUGUUCCUAAAAAAAUAUAUAUAUAUAUAUAUAUAUAUAUAUAUAUAUAUAUAUAUAUAUAUUCCAUGGAUGAGAAGUGUAAAUUCUCAUUAUAGAAAAGUAUGAUUAGAAAGAAGGGGAAGUUUAUUUGUAAAGACAAGAAUGAUCUGUAUAAAUUUCAUGCUGUGUAGUCAUCGAUUGUAUUGACUACAACAAGCGGAACCUCUUUCGAGGAAGACAAUCAAAAAUGUUACUUCAUGUAACAUUGUCCUUAUUGUUUCUAUCGUAUAUGUUUAACUAUGUAAGUUACGCAUAUAUAUAUAUAUAUAUAUAUAUAUAUAUAUAUAUAUAUAUAAUGUAAUAAUAUAAGCUAUAUCGUAAUCGUACAAGAGAAAUCUUAUUAUAAUUGUAAAUGGACUUAGGGUAUAUUAUCUUGUCCGAGUGAUCUAUUUAAGAGAAUUUAUCUUAUGUGCGCGUAUGUGUGUGUGCAUGUGCGUGCGUACGUACGUGUUUACGUGCGUGCGUAUGUAUAAUCUUGUUGUGUGUCUAACUUUCAAUCGAUCGCGAGUUGUCGAGAGCUGCUACUAUUACUAUAUACUAGUGGAUGGAUUUAUAGAAAAGAAAAAAAGACUACGAUAUUUAUGCAAUGUAGACGUUUGUUGAAUUAUUUUAGCGAGGCGCCGUGUUGCUACUGUGUCCUUUAAGUUUCCGAAGGGUUGCAUAUAUAUAUAUAUAUAUAUAUAUAUAUAUAUAUAUAUAUAUAUAUGUGUGUGUAAAUUGUUCCCUUCGAUCUGGAGACUGAGCCCAAAUGAAGGGCUGUUGAUAAACUAUGAUCUAUCGUUGAUACUUUGCCGCUGCCGCUUUAUUUAUUUCAACGGGAUAUUUUUUUACACUUCGACGUUAAGCUUUUUCAAACAUGUCGCUCGCGCGAAAGAGAGAAAGAAAAAGAGAAAGAAAGAAAGAAAGAAAAGGAGAAAGAAAGAAAGAAAGAAAAGGAGAAAGAAAGAAAGAAAGAAAAAAGAAAUAUACCACCCGACAUCUGAUGGGUCAAUCCUAACGUCAAUGUUUUUCUAAUCUAGUACAUGAUAUAAUCGAUAUAUAUAUAUAUAUAUAUAUAUAUAUAUAUAUAUAUAUAUAUAGAGAGAGAGAGAGAGAGAGAGAGAAAGAAAAAAAGAAAAAAGAAAGAUAUAUACAUAUAUACUUCGAAUACGUGAUCUCAUGGCAUUUAAUGUCUGCAAAUUCCAAUAUUCUCGUUCGCGUGAUGUUACGGGAUUAUUUCAAGAACGAUUUGUUGUCAUAAAUGUCGAUAGAUAUUUUCAAAUAGAGAUGAUUUAAUGAUAUCGUUGUUUUUCAGGAAUCAAUAAAUUAUAUUCUUCAGAGCGAUACACGAAUAUAUAUAUAUGUCUGGAAAAAAGUAAUAUAUCGAAUUUAUAUUUAUUCUUCUUAUGUUGAAAUCUACAAUAUUUUCACAUGAAAUAUAUAUAUAUAUAUAAUAUAAAUAUUUACAAAAUUCCGUUUGAUUUUCAAUUAUUUCAAGAGAUUAAAUUAAAAAUUUUGCAAAUUAAAUAACAAGAAUUGCAUCGUGCCCGUGCAAUAACAAUAUUCAUAUAUGAGAUGGUUAAUUGAUGAAAUGUGAACUUUUUCCUUUUUCGUAUUAUAUCCUUAAGUAUAAUUAAUAAAUUUCAAGGUUUUGCGUUACAAGAGUUUUACGUAAAAGAGAAUUAAUCUUUUUUUUUUUUUUUUUUUUUUUAUUAACAACUGCGCUCGCUCAAAUUUAAUUGAAGAGGAACAGAUUUUUAAUUUAAGAAUGACGAUGAUUACAGGUGGAUAAGCAUUUAAAAAGAGAAAAAAGAUGGUAACACACUUGGUUUCGUCUCUACUUAGUAAAUAUUAAUAUUAACAAAUUAAGCAGUAAACAAGAGUACGAUCUGUUAAAAGAUGAGAAUGUUGCAGAUUCAUAUAAAUGUGUGCCGUAUUUAAUAUUAUCCCACGAAAACAUGUACGUAUACGUAUACAUCGAUGUUAUAUACAUUAGAAAGAAUUAUGUGUGACUUUAUAGUCUGUUACGCUCUAUUGGAGAAUCUCUAGAGACAGAGAAAGAGAAACAGAGAGAGAGAGAGAGAGAGAGAGAGAGAGAGAGAGAGAGAGAGAGAGAGAGAGAGAGAGAGAGAGAGAGAGAGAGAGAGAGAGAGAGAGAGAGAGAGAGCGAGAGAGAAAGAGAGAGAGAGAAAAGAUGAGAUAUUAUACUAUAUUUAGAUCAUUUAUAAUUAUUGGGUAUAAUCAAUUGUGAAAGAUUUUAUAUUUUGAAUAUGUUCUAGCAUAGACAUAUCCUAUUUUUCAGUGUGAUUGAUUCUUUGCCAUUAAUUUCCUUUAAUCUUAACUUUUCCUUUUUUUAAAACUUUCUCAAGGUUACUCCUAUUGUUUUAAACUCCUAUUGCAUAUCUUUUUAUACGAAUUUUCUUUGUUAUUGUAUUAACUGUCCAUAUUAAUUAAUUAUCGUAUCUUUGUAUACGUCUAUCAUACAAGAUACUUUAUAUACAGAACAGCAGUUGUAUAUUACAGAUUUUCUUUUUAUAUUAUGUAAUAUGUGUAUACACAUAUAUAAAAAUUGUGUAUUUGUUAUAUUACGUAUAGAGAUAUAUACAUAUUAUAUAAAUAUACACAUAUAUAUACCACUGUAUAUAUAGUUAAAAUAAUAUAUAUAUAUAUAUAUAUAUAUAUAUGUAUGUAUAUAUAUAUAUUGUCGAUGUUGAAUAUAUUAUGUGUUGUUGCUGUUGAUGUUGUUAAUAGUAGAAUAGAAAAUUACGAGUUAGACCUGGUGUGUAACAGCUAUUUUUUAGAAAAAUAUCUUACUAGUUUGAUUUUAUCGAAUGCAAUACACUAUUUCACUGAUAUAUAUAUAUAUAUAUAUAUAUAUAUAUAUAUAUAUAUAUAUAUAAAUAUAUAUAUAUACAUACAUAUAUAUAUAUUUCCUUAGUGCCAAUCAAGUUACAACACAUCAUGAUUUAUCAAUAAUUUUCAUGUCGAUCAAUCAAGUUGAAUCGUUAAAUUUAACGCUGCGAUCUUGCCAAACUUAUUAAAUCAUUUAUCUUGGUUUUAAGUUGUUGUUAAUAUACGUAAAUACGUAAUAUGAAAGUACGAUUUCUCCGAAUGCAAAGAUUUUAUUGUACAAAGAGAAAUUAUAUAUAUAUAUAUAUAUAUAUCAUAUAUAUGCAUAACAUAUAUAUAUAUAUAUACACACAUAUUGUAUAAAUUAUUGUACAGUAUCAUUGUACGGCCUACGGAAGAUCGUAUAAAAAUCAUUUGGUUUUAUUUAUUUUUUUAAACAAUCCAUUGGUUAAUUUUUUUCGAAUAAGAAAAUGAUGUGCAUUUAAAAAAAGAAAGUCAAUCGUAGACGUGCAAUGGAUAUAUAUAUAUAUAUAUUUUUUUUUUUUUUAUUUCUUUGGAUCUUCCAUUACGCGUUAAGAAAUAGAUAUUAUAUUUCAUGCUUCUUUAUGAUCGAUCUUUGAUCUCCGUCGAAUAUAUUGUAUAUUUACUACCAUAUGUAACAACGAUUUUCCGUACCUGAAUAUGUAUCAAAUAUGUUUUCAAAGUUGAUCUUAAUUUUUUUUGGAGAUGUGCUUCACAUCGAUUCACGGUACGAUGUAAUAAUAUGUAUUGUAUUAGUUGUAUAAGUUGGAUACAGUGAAAGAUUAUUAUUAUUAUUAUAUAUUCUUUUUUUUUUCAUUUUCGUUUUCAUUUCUUGUAGUUUUAGUAUUUUUUUUUUCUUUUGUUUCCUUUUCUUUUUCGAAAGUGAAAAUAUUUUUUCUCUCGAGAUUUGUAUAUUCUUCUUCCGUUUAUCCAAAGUAUUCUAAUUAGAUGGAUCAGGGAUUUUUUAGAGAUUAGUUCGAUCGAUCUCGUGUCGAUUAUUAGUUAAAUGCGAAUAUAUAUAUAUAUAUACACACACAUACAUACAUACAUACAUAUAUAUAUAUAUAUAUAUAUAUAUAUAUAUAGGAGGAAUCGUAUAACGUUGUGUCUGAACUUUAUUUUUAUUCAAACAUAAACAAUUAUUAGAAUUUUAAAUAUAAGAAUAUAAUGUAAUCUGUUUUUUUUUUUCGUAUGUCUAUCUCUUUUUGUAAAUUGAUAAUGAGGGACGAAGAAAAUUUUUAUUAUAUUCAUCAACGAAAUAAUAUCUCUUAAUCGAUUGAUUUUUAAUAUUGAUCACGUUAUACGAUUUAUCUUUUAGAAAUUAAAUAUUUGCGUAUAAUCAAAAUAAGAAUGGAUCAUAAUUGAACGAAGCAAAUAUGUGGUUUUUAGGUAAUGAUCAAUGUUGUUGUCGUAUGCACAAGAAAAAUAUAUGUAUGGGGAUAUUUCCAUUUCAAAAUAGAAAUUCAAAGAAAAAAACUUUAUUUUUAUUUAUCGAUUUAUUUAUCAAGAUCAAUUUUAACUCUUACAUUAUAUCUUUAUUUUUUUCUACAAAUGAAAAUAUAUUAUAUCAUUUGUUUUAUAUAUAUAUACACACACACAUAUUCUUCGAAUUUUUAUUUGCAUCUAAAUAGCAAAUAGAUAGUUCAAAAAUGUUGUCUUCCUCAAAAAUAGUAUAUCGUGAUCGACGCGUUAAUAUUUAAAAAUUGUUGUAACUUUUGUUCCACUUUUGUUAUGUCGUGUUCCUUCCAUUCAUUUUUAAUUAUUACUAUUACUAUUACUAUUACUAUUACUAUUACUAUUACUAUUACUAUUACUAUUACUAUUAUUAUUAUUAUUAUUAUUAUUAUUAUUAUUAUUAUUAUUAUUAUUAUUUAUUCCCUCGUGUUUCUACCGAUGGUUUCAUGUGAUACACGAUUAACAGAUAUAUCUAAUAUGAAUUUUAUAAUAUAGGAGUCCAAUACUCGUUUCACAUAUUUCUUUUUCUAUGCAUUUCAUUUUAGUUUUUUCUUUUUUUCUUUUCUUUUCUUUUUCUCUUCGAAUUUUGUAUAUGUGAUUAUGUCGUAAAUAAUGAUUUUUGUUGUGUUCAUGCAUUGUUCUUCUUUUUUUAUUUUUUUGUUUAUUAUUCUCCGAUCAUAUCCUUCUCCUUCCUUAAAUCAAAUCUGUAUUAUCCAUGUGAUUUUUUACAGACAAAUUUCCCUCGCACAAUUGAUGAUCUUUCAGUUCUUUUUUUUUUCUCACAUUCCAAUCGUUAACUUUUACGUGCUCGAAAAAACAUUAUAAUACUGAUCUCUAUAUUGUUUUUUCUUUCCCUUUUCUCCCUUCUCUUUCUUUUCUUUUUUUUUUUGCUUUUCUUCUUACCGAUAAUAAAAUAUGCAAUGUUAUACACAUUUUUAAACUAUACAAAAAAAAAAAAAAUUCCUUUAUAUCGCGUACAAUCAAUAUUAUUUAUAAUUUUAUUUCGGGACAGUUGGUCAAUGUUGAAAAAAAAUUGAGUCAAGUGUGACCCGACGAAUAAAAUACAUCGACGAACUAUUUCGUAUAUACUAAUAAUCAUUGAAUCGUUUUCUUUUGCGUUACAAUUACGAAAUAGAAACAACAAAAUUUUAAAUCGUCAAUCGAAUUGAAACAUUUGUCCAUUACUGUCGUAUAAAAUAUAUAUGUAUAUACACAGUAGGUGUCCAAGCGAAAGUCAAUGAUAUUUAAAGAGAUAGACAAAAUGAAUUAAAAUGAAAAUCAAUUCGGCUCUAGGAUUAUUAAGACAACAAAGAGAUUAUUAGUUUUCAUCUAAAAAUAAUUUCUCCUCUCAUUCACUUGUGCCUUGCCCUUGAUCAUCCUUCAUCAUUCGAUACCCCCAAACAUUUGUUCUUUCUUUUCCCAUAAAAAAAAAAGAAAACGAAAAAAAAACAAACAAACAAAAAAACUAAUAUUUAAAUAAUUAAGAAAUUAAACGUUUUCAAUGUUCGAUGUUCUUUCUACGAUUAAGGAUAUACGAGUUAAGUAACGCACUCGAUAUACAUAUAUAUAUAUAUAUAUAUAUUAUAUAUACUUAUAUAUAUGUAUAUAUCGCUUCGUUAACUGUAACGUCGUAGAGUGUAAUUAAUAAAUGUACGUACCUAUUAUACCUAUCGCAUAUAUGUAAUUAAGAAUUAAGGCAUAUAGGAUAAGGUGAAUCGUCAGUUUAGGAUCACUUUACGAGCAAUACUCGUUUAAUCCUGAAAAGCUCUCCUAUAUUUCGAACGAACGAUUCUAAAACAAUCGAAACUCUUUUAUUCUAAUCUCAAAUGCGCUAUUGUAAAUUAAUUGGAUAUAAAAAAAAAGUGAAUUUGAAGUGAUAAAGAUAUAGACAAUUUCGAAAUGACCGAUAAGAUUUUACAAUUAUCGUGUCAAUAAUCGAGUCAAUGUAUCCACGUCUGCAACAUUAUUAAUGAAUUAUUACUCACACAUUUACUUACUUACUUACUUACUUACUUACUUACUUAUAUUAAUUAAGUAUCGUAGAUCGAAAUAAUAUAUGAAAGAUUUGUGUUGUGCAAAAUCGAUGUUUCCUAUUUCGCAGCUGACACGCAAAUUAACAGAAUACAACAUCUUGAUAAGAAAUGAAUAUAUAUCAAUAGUCAUCAUUGAUAAUGUAUGUAUAUCUAAUUUACAAUUUAUCUCUAUCAUUGUGUUACAGAAAAAGAUAAAUCUGUGUAUAUUGAUAAAAUACUUUCGCAUGCGCGAUCUCGUUCGUAAUGCUUCCAACGCGUUAAGUAUUCCUUUUAAGUCUUCCUCCUUAAUCUCGUUUUAUGAAAAUUAUCUGAUUGUUGCGACUUGCAAUUAACGUAUAAUAUACAAUAUACAUAUAUUGUAUAUACGUGCGUGUGUAUACGUCGGGAAAAAAAGGAAAGAUAAAAAGAGACUCUGAGAUGAUGCGCUGUAAAUUAAAACGAUUGUUAUAUUCUGAUUGAAACAUGCUUUAAGGAAGAAGAAUUAAACGAACGAACAUUCGUUUACAAAAUUGUAAUAAAAAGAUAUUUUCCUUUCCCUGUGCAUGUUAAAAUUUGGAUAAUAGAUUGCGUAUCGAUAUAUAAUAUAUACGCACACAAUACACACGCACUUAUAUAUAUAUAUAUAUAUAUAUAUAUAUAUAUAUAUAUAUAUAUAUAUAUAUUAUACAUAUAUAUAUAUGUAUAAAAUUGCUGUUAAUAAACCAUAAGAUAAGCCGUCAAACUGGAUGUAUUUUCUAGACAAAAAAAGAAGAAAGGAAUUUAGAGAAAAAGUUGUUACCUGCUUUGGUGGAUAAGAAACCACACACGAUACCACAUGAUGAUUCAAGAGUUAUAACGAUAUUCUAUAAAUGGCUGUAUUGUAUUGUAAAAUUAAAGGCACAGUAUACAAUAAACUUUAUUGUCGUAGGA